AUGGCAGGGGGUGUAAAACGAUUAACACGCAUGCUACUGGAAUGCAACAACAAUGACAAGCUAUGUGUUGUGCGUGAAUAUCAGAUUGAAGUGAUUGUUGUCCCCGUUUUCCUUGUGGGUUUUUUUGUCAUCAUGCUAACUGUGAUCCUUUGGCUCCACUGUCGAGGCUUGCGAGCAAAGCAGGAGCAAUCAUCAUCAUCUGGACACCAAGGUAAAAAAAAUAGAACAUAGGAAAACAGCUCAACGGAGAACCUCUAUAUCCACCUGAGUGAGACAUCUGUGGAAAGUCUGCUGAAUUCUGCAUCCUUGACUCUGAAAGAACUGGAGAUACCACGAGAGAAACUCUCACCAGGCACCUUGCAGCUGAUAAAACAUGGCCGAUAUGGGAGCAUCUACAGAGCACAACUGGAAACUGGGAACCCUGGGGAGACUAAGACUGUAGUAUUGAAAGCCUUACAAGACCUGGGUAGUCCCCAGGAGGUAAAGGAUUUCCUGGGAAGGAUUAAGUUCCAUCAAAAUCUUGGCCGUCAUGAGAACCUGGUUGAACUGGUUGGAUGCUGUAUAGACCAGCUCCCACUUUAUGUGAUCAUGGAGAAUGUGUCUCUUGGUGACCUGUUGACAUUCCUAUGGACAUGUCGGAGG